AUGCUGGCCAACGCAGCUCCAUCGAAGAAGGUUCUCGGUACCCUGAACGGUGUAGCAGCCUCUUCAGCAAGCUUGUGCAGAGCGUUUGGCCCCACACUAUCAGGCUUGGUCCAAUCGUUGGGCCUUUCCAUUGGCGUGCUCGGUCUCCCCUGGUGGGCAAACAGCUUCGUUGCAGUCAUUGGCGCCGUUCUCAGCUUACGCAUGGUCGAAGAGAAACGCCGACACUCGAAAGCCGAGGAGGCAAGUCUGGACUCGGAAGACCUCCCAUUCCUGGACGCAGACGUGCUAGAGAGCUCUGACGAGGAAUUCUGCCAUUGA